GGCGACCCCCCGUGUAAGAGUGAGGUGGAGGAGGACAUUCCAGUCCAUGUGACCACAGAAAAUCCCAGAAAGAAGUCUGAUGGAAACGUGAUGUUAUCACAAGAUUAUAAAGUAGAAGAUGAAAAUAUCGAACAGCGCUCUUCAGAAGACUUCAUUACCUGUAAUGUACAUUCAGGACUUCACAGUACAGAUCUAUCAUAUAACCCCCCUAAUCAUGAGGAACCUGCUCCUGCCCAAUCACAGAUUGUUACAAGUACCGGGCAGAAAGGGGGAGGGAAAUCUUUUACAAGUAAAUCAAAUCUUGUUACACACGAGAGAAUUCACACAGGAGAGAAGCCAUAUUCAUGUUCAGAAUGUGGAAAAUAUUUUUCAAAUAAAUCAAAUCUUAAUACACAUGAACGAAUUCACAAAGGAGAGAAACCGUAUUCAUGUUCAGUAUGUGGAAAAUGCUUUACAAGGAAAUCACAUCUUAUUACACAUGAGAUAAUUCACACAGGAGAGAAGCCGUAUUCAUGUUCACAUUGUGGGAAGUGCUUUACACGUAAAUCAAGCAUUGUUAAACAUGAGAGAAUUCACACAGGAGAUAAACCAUUUUCAUGUUCAGAAUGUGGGAAAUGUUUUACAAAUAAAUCUAGUCUUAUUACACAUGACAGAAUUCACACAGGAGAGAAGCCCUAUUCAUGUUCAGAAUGUGGGAAAUGUUAUGUCUUUAAAGAUAAUCUUAAGGAUCACCAGAGAAUUCACACAGGAGAGAAGCCAUAUUCAUGUUCACUGUGUGAUAAAUGUUUUUCAGAUAGAUCAAGUCUUUUUACCCAUGAACGAAUUCACAAAGGAGAGAAACCGUAUUCAUGUUCAGUAUGUGGAAAAUGCUUUACAAGGAAAUCACAUCUUAUUACACAUGAGAGAAUUCACACAGGAGAGAAGCCGUAUUCAUGUUCACAAUGUGGGAAGUGCUUUACACGUAAAUCAAGCAUUGUUAAACAUGAGAGAAUUCACACAGGAGAGAAGUCCUAUUCAUGUUCAGAAUGUGGGAAAUGUUUUACAAACAAAUCAAAUCUAAUUAAACAUGAGAUAUUUCACACAGGAGAGAAGCCAUAUUCAUGUUCAGAAUGUGGAAAAUGUUUUUUAAAUAAAUCAAAUCUUAAUACACAUAAGAGAAUUCACACAGGAGAUAAACCAUUUUCAUGUUCAGAAUGUGGGAAAUGUUUUACAAAGAAAUCAUAUCUUGUUACACAUGAGAGAAGAAGUCACACAGGAGAGAAGCCCUAUUCAUGUUCAGAAUGUGGGAAAUGUUUUGUCUUUAAAGCUAAUCUUAAGGAUCACCAGAGAAUUCACACAGGAGAGAGACUAUAUUCAUGCUCAUUAUGUGGAAAAUGCUUUACAGAUAAAUCUAGUCUUAUUACACAUGACAGAAUUCACACAGGAGAGAAGCCAUAUUCAUGUUCAGAAUGUGGAAAAUGUUUUUCAAAUAAAUCAAAUCUUAAUACACAUGAGAGAAUUCACACAGGAGAGAAGCCCUAUUCAUGUUCAGAAUGUGAGAAAUGUUUUUCAAGCAAAUCAAAUCUAAUUAAACAUGAGAGAAUUCACAUAGGAGCGAAACCCUAUUCAUGUUCAGAAUGUGGAAAAUGUUUUGUCACCAAAACCAAUCUUAAGGAUCACCAGAGAAUUCACACAGGAGAGAAGCCCUUCUCAUGUUCAGAAUGUGGCAAAUGUUUUGUCACCAAACCCAAUCUUAAGGCUCACCAGAGAAUUCACACAGGGGAGAAGCCCUUUUCAUGUUCAGAAUGUGGCAAAUGUUUUACCAAAAAAUCAAUCCUUGUUGCUCAUGAAAGAAGCCACUCAGGAGAGAAGACGUGAUGUUCUACAUGAGAAGUAAGAAAAAUGUCUUACUGUGGAGGGAAGUGCCAGAUAUGUGUAUAUGUAUGUGUAUAUAUAGUUGAAAAAUGGGGCAGUACUACUUAAGCAAUGCAAUCCGGGUGCCUGUGUUGAACCCUUGAUCACGGGUGUAUUUAUACACUGAAGAAAUCCAGGGCACUCCUGUAGAUGUGCCUUUAUUCACACAUGUCACAGCAGCCAUGUUUCGGACCUCUCACAGAACCUUCCUUAACCCGAGUGAAUUAUAAAGUGCGGAGUGCAAAAAUGUAUACACAACAUGAAUAAUUAAUUACAAAUCAAUAAACCUUAAAAGUGUAUGUCUUGUUGAUAAAUCCCUCAUUUAGAGUGUUAUCCUCCUGGAAUAUAGUGCAUAUAACCAUGAUUAAACACCAAAGUAAU